UCCUUUCAUUAGUUACUAAUAAUGGAGUCAUUCUUUGAUCGAGAGGUUAAGAGGUUGGAUUUUGUUAGUGAGAGAAACAGAAUGAGAGAAAUAGAAAAGAAAGCACUUGAUGAGAAGAAAGCUUCAGCUCAUGAUGAUGAACAAGAAGAAAAGAAGAAUGAACUUCAAAAAGAUGAUGAAGAAAAAUAUGAACUGGAGUAUAGAGAUUAUCUAAAGUUGGAACAAUCAUUAUUGAUUGAACUAGGACUGAGACAACCAGCAGGAGAUGAAAACUGAGAGAUAGAGUAUUACAUAGAGUCGAUAGUCUAAUGAAUUUGAUUUCAUGAUAAUGAAUAAUAAUAAUUAUUGCAAGCUACAGUAUAGCUUUUUGCAUUGGGUGCUAUUAUAGGCUAGCUAGCUAGGGGCGUGUAUGUAGUAUCUAUGGUACGGUGAGACUACUAGCGCUAGCUCGCCCGAUUAGGUGAGGCUGGUUUUGCAAGAAGCAUAAUCUACUAUGGCAUCUAAAAACUAUCAACCAGUGAAGAGAAGCAGUCAUUCCACAGUAAAGGUAGGAGACUACCUAUAUAUGUGGGGUGGGUACGGGUCUGGAGUAGACUAUGAUGUGAUGGAGGUGUAUCACUUACCAACUGGUGCUUGGGACCAGAAACCUACUACUGGUACCCCACCACCAGGUACCAGGGCCUACUCAAUCAUGGCUAUUGGGAAGGACAUAUAUUAUUUCGGUGGACGUGGUGUUGGUAGUUAUCAAAACAGCUUACAUUGUUUCAAUGUGGAUUCAUUCAAGUGGAGGGAACUCUCUGCUUCUUGUUCAGAUCGUGAUCCAAUGAAGAAGGGCUACUGUGGAAUAAUAUCAGUUCAUUUUGACAGUGAACACUAUCUCGUAAUAAUCGGAGGACUGGGAUCAUCUGCCAAGACUCCAAAGCAACCUGAUGCUCAGUAUUCAGCUGAUGGUAGAUGUAAUGAGAUACAUUAUUACAGGAUUUCAUCAGAUCAAUGGAUAUCUCCUGUUGUUACUGGAGACAGACCACCUCCUAUUGAAGACUUCACUCUAACACCAGUUACUAAUAACACUGCGGUAAUGUUUGGAGGCAAUACUGAUAAUAGAGUCAGUAAUAAACUGUAUAUGAUAAGUUUCACUAAGACAUCAGUGGAUAUAUUAGAAGUACCUAAUCCUGGAGGAUCAGCUCUUCCAUUUUUAAGGUUUUUUAUUUACUUGUUAAUAAUAUAA